AUGCAUAGAUCAAAAUGCGAUUUCGAUAUGCUGCUUCCGCAACUUCAAUUGUUUGACGCUGUUAAAGCGAUGGCAGUUAGGAAUAUGUCUACUAGAGCUUUGAACACGAAGGAAGUGGAUCUGUUCCAAUGUGGUCGUUUGCAAGCUGAGACCGAAUGGGCAGGUAUACGAUCAGAGGUUGCUAAGCAGGCCUUUUUAAAUGUUCACAAAGGUAUUGCUAGCGACAGCCCAUAUUUGAAGCAGCUUCACAACGAUGCCAAGGUUUACAUGAUCUCGGAUGAGCUUCAUGCAGAUGUCCAUAAUCUGGAAGAGGGAAUGGUCAGCGAAGCGCCUUUCGUCGUGGAAGCAGCUGAAAUUCUUCGUUCGUACGAUGAAACUACUAAAUGCGAAGAGGAUCUCGACGGUGAAAUUUUGGAUAAGGAAAUAGAGGUGCUACGUUUACAACUACAGUCGGCAAAGUUGCGAAAUAAUGAAAUUCGCAACGUGAAUGUCAGAUUGAACAACAUUGCGAGUACGCUAGACAAGAAUGAGACCAGUGUUCGAGUCUUUAAACAUCAGAUCCUCUACUCGCCACUCUCACUGUGUACCUAA